AUGAACAGUGCUAAGCAAUCAAAAAUAAUCAUUUGUUUAGUGCCUGCAUACCUCCUAACCAAGGGGUUAGGAGACGUAACCCAAAGUCAAAUGUUAUGUCGAGGCGUGUCGGGCCACAAAGUAUGCGGUCUACGGGCACACGCGCCUCGUAUUUCGUUCACUAGUAAAGAUGAAUCUGAUCCUCACGAGCUCCGUAGGAAGUCCGCUAGUAGUCGACUUGGAAGUUCACCUCGAACGAGCAUAGCCAGUGAUGAUCGAGAUGGGAUUGCGCUUAGUGCAAAAGUAAUUAAUUCAAAUCACAUGCACCCCGACGGCAUCCAAAGCUCAGAACCCAACUAA